AUGGUGCGCCUUCGCGAUGGCAUGUGGCUCCCGGCGGAGGGCAUACGAACUGAGUAUGCCGAGGAUGUCUACACCAUCACACCGAGCAAGGAUGAACAGGCGCUGAGCUUGCUGUGCCCGACCAAGCACAUCCACUCGCGGGGUGAUACUCUCAAUCAACCCACCCUGACGCUUGAGGUUGCCGCCGAGAUUGAUGGUGUCAUAUCCAUUGAAGCAACGCACUGGGAUGGCGCACAGAACAACGGUCCUCAUUUCGAGCUCUUCCCCGACGGCAAGCCUGCCAGCAAUGGCAAAAUUGUUCGCGGCGACAAUGGAACCACCCUCCAGUCCGGUUCUCUCUCCGCCACUAUUCAUCCUGAUCCUCAUACCUUCGACAUUCAGUUCCAUAGCACGGACGGCUCUCAUCACCUCACCAGCCUGGGCAAUCGAAGUGUCGGAUUCGCUUACAGCCCUGCGCCGAGCACACCCAUGCAGCUCGCCAACAUGAAGGACUUCAAGCACUACAUGUUCAUGCAGACAGGAUUGUCUGUGGGCGAGUCGGUCCAUGGUCUGGGCGAGCGGUUCGGUGCCUGGAACAAAGUUGGCCAGGCUGUCUCUCUCUGGAACGCCGACGGCGGCACCUCCAGCGACCAGGCGUACAAGAAUAUCUCCUUCUGGAUGAGCAAUCGCGGUUACGGUGUCUUCAUCGACACGCCUGGCAAGGUGGACAUGGAAAUUGGCAGUGAACGAACCUGUCGCGUUCAGAGCGUCGUCGAGUCUCAGCGCCUCAAAAUUUACAUCAUCUACGGGCCGAGUCCCAAAGAGGUGCUCAAAAGAUAUACGACUCUCACGGGCAAAGCCGGCAAAGUGCCAAACUGGAGUUUCGGCUUGUGGCUGACGACAAGCUUCACCACCAACUAUGAUGAAGGAACGGUGCGCUCAUUCCUCGAAGGAAUGAAGGAACGCGGCGCACCGGUCGACGUCUUUCACUACGACUGCUUCUGGAUGAAAGCCUUCACGUGGACAGACUUUGUCUUCGAUAGCGAACGUUUCCCAGACCCGAAAGCCCAGAUCUCACGCCUCAAGAAAGACGGGCUUUGCAAGAAGGUUUGCGUCUGGAUCAACCCUUAUAUCGCCCAGCAUGGUGCCGCAUUCAAGACCGCGGCAGCUAAAGGCUAUCUUCUCAAGCGGACAAACGGAGACGUCUGGCAAUGGGACCUCUGGCAGGCUGGAAUGGGUCUCCUGGACGUUACCAAUCCAGAAGCCGUGCGCUGGUAUACCAAGUGCCUCAAUGAGCUGUUUGACAAGGGGGUCGAUGCGAUCAAGACCGAUUUCGGUGAACGCAUUCCGACAGAAGAUGUCAAAUGGCACGACUCCAGCGUUGACGCGCACAAAAUGCACAACUACUACGCAUUCGCGUACAACCGUAUCGUCUACGAGGCUCUCCAACAACGGUUCGGCAAAGACGAAGCUGUUCUGUAUGCUAGGGCUGCCUGCGCGGGUACACAGCGUUUCCCGCUGCAGUGGGGUGGCGACUGCGAGUCUACCCCUGAGGCAUUGGCCGAAUCCGUCCGCGGAGGCCUGUCUAUGGGACUGAGCGGGUUCUCCUUCUGGAGCUGCGACAUUGGUGGCUUCGAAGGCUCCCCGCCUCCGUGGAUCUACAAGAGAUGGGUGGCUAUGGGACUUCUCUGCAGCCACAGCCGGCUCCACGGAAGCAACUCGUACCGUGUACCUUGGCUCAUCGACGAUGAUGACCGGUCGGAGGAAGGUUGCUCCACUACACUGGCAAAAUGGGCAGCGCUGAAGAACCGCCUCAUGCCUUAUCUUUACGCUGAGGCCAUGGAAUCCAUUGAGAAUGGCCUGCCACUCUCUCUUCGAUCUGUCGCCGUCGAGUUUCCCGACGACCCGACGUCGUGGUUCCUCGACCGCCAGUUCAUGGUUGGCUCACGUCUGUUGGCCGCCCCCGUUUUCGAGGAGUCGGGAGAAGUCGAGUUCUACCUUCCCAGGGGUACAUGGACAUCCUACUUUACAAACGAGACCAAGAGCGGCCCUGGCUGGUUCAAGGAGAAGCACGGCUUUGGAACGCUGCCCCUCUAUGUGCGCGAGAACACGAUACUGGUCCUAGGUAAACGGGGCCAAUCAGGCCCCGUUUACGAUUAUGCCACAGAUGUCGAGGUCUGUUUGUACCAGGUGGUACCUGGUGCGGCAGCUGCCAUCGUUGAUGCAAACGGCGAUGUUGUUACGCAACUCGUGGCUGAAGAGAAUGGGAACAUCAAAGGCACCUCUCAGCUGUCAGGGAAGGUUACCUUCACGAAAAUGGGUCGCAGCCUGGAAGGCGAUGCUCCAGUCUCAAUCAAGACGCUAUAG